AUGAGUACUGAAAAAGCUAUCAUCUCUUCUAUGCUCUUUUGGACGUGCACUCAACCUGCUUCAAAUUGGUAUCAAGCAUCACAACCUUCGGUUCAGCAGUCAAACCCUGUGGCGUCUGGUGUACCAGAUGCUGGUUUGGAUUUGAUAGAUAAUGAUUUAUUGCAAGAGGAAGGGGAAUCAAGAUCUGUCUAUGUGAAGAAUCUGCCUUCUAGUGUCACUAGUCUAGAUAUUCUUCAAGAGUUUAAGAACUUUGGGAAAAUCAAACACGAUGGAUUCUUCUUAAAAAAUCGCCAUGAUACUGGUGUUUGCUAUGCGUUCGUUGAGUUUGAAGAUGUGCAGGGUGCUCGGAAUGCUAUCAAGGCGUCUCCUGUUCAGUUGGCUGGAAGGACAUUUUACAUUGAGAGAGGACCAAAUAACAGUAGUGCUUCUCGUGGAGGGAGAAGGGGAAGAGGUCGUUUUGGUGGAAAGACUUCUGCAGGGACAACACUGAGAUUCCAUGGUUUAGGUGGUACUUGA